AUGUUUAAUGGAGAAAGUAAAAAUAGAAGGAUUAACUUAAGUGGGAAAAAACAUGUUAUACUUAAUAAAGAUUGCUUUAUUGAAAAGGCUAAAAAAGAAAAAGAAAUAAAUCUAACUUUAACAAAAAGAAAAAAUGCUUUUAAAGUUAUAGCACUAUAUUUUAGUUAUAAAAAAUUUAUAGAAAAUAGAAGAAAAGAAAUAGACAAUGUUCUUUCGAAAAGAAUAAACGAUGUAAUUUUAUUAGAAAAAAUAGUAUCACCAGAUGUUUAUAGACAAGCUUUACAAAUAUGCUUAUAUGAAUUUUCAGUGCAAUCUACAUUUCUUUAUUCAGAGCUAAACUGCUAUAAUCAUUAUAAGUAUAUGAAAUUUGAUAAGAUAUAUGCACCAAUAGGAAAAUUAUUAGAUAUACUGAAGUUAUAUAAUAAAAUCGAUAAUAUAGAUGAUAAUAUAGAUGAUAAUAUAAAUCUGAAUAGUCAAAUAAAUAAUAAGAAAAAAGUGAAUAAUAGUCAAUUAAAUCUUUAUAAUGAAAAUGAAAAUAAAAACGACGACAAAAAUAUAUAUAUAAAAUUAAAUAAAGAAAACUCAGAAGAAAAAAAAAAUAAUAAGGAUAUUUGUAACCUUGUAAUAAAAAACAAAUUCUAUUAUAGACAUAAAAAAGAAAUAAAAAUUUUAAUAAAUCAUUUAGACAUUUUAUUAGGAAAUUAUUACAUGUGUAACUUAAAUAUAUAUAAUGAAUUUUAUAAAAAGGAAAAAACAGUAAAUGACCAAAAUUAUAUGCGUGAUUGUAGUAAUAAAAAAAAAAAAAAUGAUAUAAACUUAAUUUCACAUUUGUAUUAUAUAUAUAAUUUUGUAUUAAAUAAUUCCUUUAAUGAGGAAUUGGCAGAAAAACUAAAAAUGAAAGAAAACAAAAAUAUGAUCAGUGGUAAUGAUGAGAUAAUUUUGUCAUUAAAAAAAAUUGGUGAAUAUAUUAUUUUAAAUAUAGAAGGAUUAAUUACUGUUAUAAAAAAAAUUUAUUUAUCUUACAAGGAUAAAAAUAUUAUUAUGUUUGAUUCUAUAAAACUAAUGAUGUAUAUAUGUGAUAUGAUAUUUUUGUAUUUUUAUAUAAUAAAAAUAAAAGGAAAUGAUUUUAAGAAAGAUUAUAUAAUUGAUUUAAAGUAUAAAAUUAAUUUGCUUUUAAAUUUUUUAUUAUUAAAUAUACCUUUCAUAAAAGAUCAUUAUUAUCUAUUUUUAUCUUUUUUUAAAUAUCAGAUAUAUGAAAUAUUUAUGUGCAACAUCGAAUUAAAGAAUGAAUUAAAAAUACUAAAAGGUUUAUUAAUAAUAAUUAUUAAAAAUACCUACAAAGAUAUAGACAUAAUGAAAGAAUUAGUUUAUAAUUAUGUGAACGUAAAGAUAUGCAAUAAUAAAUUUCAUUUAUUAAACCAAAAAUCAUUUGACAAUAAAAAUAUAUCAGGAGUUAAUUUAUUUAAAAAUUUACUUCUUUUUGUUCAUUUUAACAAGGAAUUAUUAGAUGAUAAUGUUUUAAAUAUUUUAUUAGAACUUUAUUUACUUUUGCCAUUUGAUUAUCACCCAUAUAUUUACAUGGUUAAUAACGUUAAAAAUAAUGUAGAUGAAAAAUAUAAUUCUAACGACAUGCAUAUAUAUGAUGUUUUAAAUGAUCAAACAAAAAUAAAAAAUGAAUUAUCAGUUAACAAAUUAGUUGAUAAAGAUAAUAAAAUAUUAAAUAAUAAAAAUAAAAAUGGGAAAUAUUUAGAAAUGGGUUAUUAUUACAAUAAAAAUAUAAUUGAUUCUCUUAUAUAUAUAUGCAAAAAGUCAUUUUUUAAGAAAUUAGAUGCAUUAUUAUUUCUUUUAUUACCAUUUAGAAGUAUACAUAUACAUAUAUAUGAAGAUUAUAGAAAUUAUUAUGACUAUAUAAAAAAUAUAAAUAAGAGUUCAUAUGUUUCUACUAAUGUAAAUUAUGAGAGUAUUAAUCUUAAAAAAAAAAUAUACGAAUAUCAGAGUUUAGAUAAUAAUAAUAAUAAUAAUUUUUCAAGUUGUAGUAAUAUGCAUAGGAGUUCUGUAUUUAAUAACUUAAUUAAUUUUAGUGAAAAUAAAAAUAAAAACUUUUUAAAAAUUUCUAAUACUACACAAAGAAACUCAAAUAUAAAUCAACUUUCUAAUAAUAGUUUUUUUUUUUCCUUAAAUAAUUUAAUUAGUAAAAGAGAGAAAAAAGGAAAAGGGUAUGAUAUGAUUAAUAAUGAAAUUUUAUUAAGAAUAAAAAAAAUAUUAGUUUCUCAUAAUAUUCACAUAUACUUAAUAAAAAAAAUAUAUUUAUUCUGGUUUUAUGAUUGCAAAUCAAAUGACACCUUAUUUUUUAGGAAAUUGUUGGCAUUUCCCUACUUUGAUAACACUUGUAUAUCUAUAUAUUUUUCUUCUUUUUGUUUUCUUUUAUAUUAUUAUAUUAUAGUUAAUAUGUAUAAUAAAUUAAUAGAUAUAAAAAAUUACAAAUAUACAAAAAAUUUUAUGAUGAAUAAAUGUUUUAAAAAAGUGUGUAAACUUUUAGUAUUAUCAUUAUGGGUAGUGUUAAAAGGAUCUAUAAACACAAUUCAUUACGAAUUAAUAAAUAGAGAUUCUAGUGAGAAAAAUAAACACAUUGAGAAAAUAGAAGAAAUUGCUGAUGAAGAUAUAUAUAAUGAUGAAGAUGAAGAAUAUGAAAGGGAAAUGAAUGAAAAAGAAGAAGAAAAUAUAGAGAAAAUAGAAAAUUCUGAACUUUCUGAAUCUAAUUUUGAUUUAUCUGUAUUAAAUUUUGAGAAGAUAGAAAUAUCUUUUGAUAAAGAAAAGAAUAUAUUUAAUUUCAGUAAAGAAUUAACAAAUGACAUAAUAUUAAAUGAAAAUAAAGAAAAAAUAGAAAAUUAUAAAAAAGGAACACAAAAUAUUAAUAAAGAAGAAAAUAACCAAAUUAAUAAUAAUGAUAUUUAUAAUAGUAGUAAUAAUUAUAAGAAUGAUGAAGAUAAUUUUAUGAGUUCUAACAUUAAUAAAAUUCUAGAUGAUAUUGAUAAUUUAGAUAAAUUUAGUAAUUUAAAUGAAAAUAAUUAUGACAUUGAUAACAAUAUUAAUGAAAAUAAUAAAUUAUAUAUUAAUUAUGACAUAUAUGAUAAUAUAAAGAAUAAUAAUAAUUUAAGUAAUAAAAAUUACAAUGAUUCAUCAUAUACAUCCAAUAUGAUUAACUAUUAUUUAUACAAUAAUGAUAACAAAGGAUUGAGUUAUGUUUUACCCUUAUUGUUAAAAAAGUUAUAUAAAGUUAAUAGUUAUAUAAAUAUAUUAGAGGAAGAUUUUUUUGUAAUAAAAGAAACAUAUAAUUUAUUAAAAAAUAGAUUUAAUAUAAUAGGAGAAAGUAAUAAUAUAAAUUACAACAGUAAUAGUUAUGAUGAGGAUUCUUCAUUAUUUAUAGAAAAAAAUGACAUUUAUUUAAAUAAUAACAUAAAGUAUGUUAAUGUAUUAGCUAACUAUUUAUUAAAAAAUGCUCCUUUUACCUUACCAUUUGAUGAUAGAAUAUUAAUAUUUUAUCAUUUUCGUAAUAAAAGUAAAGAAAAUAUAAGAGAUGAUUCAAGAUAUAAUUUUCUUGAAAAUAAACAUAAUUUAAUUAGAAGAACAAAUAUAUUAGAAGAUGCUUUUAUCACCUUACAUGCAUUAGAUUCUGUUCAACUAAAACAAAAUAUUAGAAUAGCCUUUAUUGAUAAAAAUGGAAAUGAAGAAACGGGUAUAGAUGGAGGGGGAUUAUUUAAGGAAUUUAUUAUUUUAUUAUGUAGAGAAGUAUUUCAUAAUAAUUUUAUUUUAUUUCAGAAUAUUAAAAACAACACACUAUUUCCAAAAACAUAUAACAAAAAUGAUAAUUUAAAUUUAUAUGAAUUUUCAGGAAAAAUAGUAGGAAAAGCUAUCUACGAAAGAAUAUUAAUUGAAUCUGUUUUCAAUAAAGUUUUUUUAAAUCUCUUAUUAUUCGAUGAUAUUGAUAUAAAUGACUUAUAUUUUAUUGAUGAAAAUAUUUUUAAUAGUUUGUUAUAUAUUCAAAAUACAAAUGAUGUAGAAAAUUUAUCUCUAACCUUUUGUAUAUAUGAAAAAAAAUGUCCAGAUGAUAACAUAAAGAAAUAUGAAGAAAUAAAAAAUUAUUUCAAUUUAUUAAGUAAAAAUAUAUUGAAUAACAAUAAUAGAAAUAAUGUGAACAAUCUCCUCACGCAAAAUACCUUUCAUUAUGCAAAUAUGAAUAAUUUUUUUAAUAUUAUUGAUAACUUGGAUGUUUUAAUUAAUACACUCAAUAGAAAUCUUUCUUCAUUUUCCCAAAAUAAUUUUUAUGUAGACAAUCCUUAUUUCACUAAUAGCGCUAGCAUAUUAUCAAAUAGAAAUAUGACGAAUUUAAACAUAACAAACGAAAAUAGAGAAAACACAAAUUUAACAAACACAAAUACAAAUGAUAAAGAAAAUAAUAUCUCAAAUAUUAACGAAAAUAAUGUUAAUUAUUUUCCAAAUGAAAAUGAUGAAAAUUUAAUUAAUACAAAUUUUACUAAAGAAGAUUUAGAAUGUAUUGACUUAAUUGAAAAUGGGCGUAAUAUAAUUGUUAAUGAUAAAAAUAAAAAAUUAUAUAUAAAAUUAUAUAUAAAUUAUAAAUACAACAAAUUAAUAAAAAAAAAAACUGAAUAUUUUUUAAAAGGUUUAUCUCAAUUAAUUCCAACCAAAUGGUUUAAACUAUUUAGUCCAAAUGAAUUAAAAACAUUAAUAUCGGGAAAUGAUAAAUGUUUCGAUGUAGAUGAUUUAAGAAGAAAUGUUGUAUAUGGUGGUGGUUAUAAUGAAAAUAGUCAGACUGUUUUAUAUUUAUUUGAUAUUUUAAAAAAUUUUUCACCGAAAGAAAAAAGUUUGUUUCUUAUGUUUGUAACUAGUUGUUCUAGAUCCCCUUUAUUAGGUUUUCAAGAACUCAAUCCUAAAUUUUGUAUAUUCAGAGUAAGAGAUUAUAAUAGAUUACCAACUGCAUCUACUUGUGUGAAUUUAUUGAAAUUACCUGAUUAUUUAUCAAAAGAAAUUUUAUACAAAAAUUUAAUAACAGCUAUAAAUGAUACACAAGGUUUUGAUUUAAGCUAA